CGGAUAUCCGGGCAGUGCCGUUCGGUGCCAUGGCGGCCCUGCGCUCGGAUCCCGAGCUGGCUCGGCAGCUCUUCUUCGAGGGCGCGACCGUGGUGGUGCUGGACGUGCCCGAGGGCACCGAGUUCGGCAUCGACUACAGCGCGUGGGCCGUGGGGCCGCGGUUCCGCGGCGUGAAGAUGGUGCCGCCGGGGCUGCACUUCGUGCACUGCAGCGCGGCCGGCGGCGGCGGGCGGGACGCGGGGCCGCGCUCCGGCCGCUUCCUCAGCCUGCGGCGCCGCGAGGUGCGGGUGCUGCGCUGGGACCCCGCGGGCGAGGCCGUGCGGCCCGAGCCGCCCGAGCAGGGCGAGGCGCUGCGGGACGGCCUGCGGGAGCUGGACCCCUUCCUGGGGCCCUACCCCUACGAGACGCUGAAGAAGUGGGUGUCGCUGAGCAACUUCAUCAGCGAGGCGGCGGCCGAGGAGCUGCAGCCCGAGAGCGGCCAGAUCUGCGCCUUCGCCGAGGUGCUGCCCGAGGCGGCGGGGCGGCACACGCGGGACCGCGCCGGGCAGCACCGGCCGCCGCUGGGCGCCGAGUGCCGCAGCUACGCCGAGGGCCUGGCCCGGCUGCCCCGCAUGCGGCCGCGGGCCGGCACCCAGAUCCGCUUCUCCGAGCUGCCCCGGCAGGCCUUCCCCGACGGGGCCAGCCCCGAGGAGAUCACCCGGCACAGCAUGGACCUGAGCUACGCCCUGCAGCGGGUGAUGGAGCAGCGCUACCCCGGCCAGCCCCUGGGCCUGCUCGCUGAGUUGCAGUUUGCCUUCAUCUGUUUCCUGAUUGGGAACGUGUAUGACGCCUUUGAGCACUGGAAGAGGCUCCUGAACAUCCUGUGCCGCUCAGAGGAGGCCAUGGGGAAGUACCAGGACCUUUACAUCAACCUCAUUUCCGUGCUCUAUCACCAGCUCAACGAGAUCCCAGCAGAUUUUUUUGUGGACAUUGUCUCCCAGGACAACUUUUUAACCAGCACCUUGCAGGUGCUGUUCUCCUGCACCUGCAGCUCUGCUGUGGAUGCGGCUCUGAGGAACAAGGCUGAGAAGUUCAAGGCUCACCUGACAAAGAAAUUCAGAUGGGACUUUGAGGCAGAGCCUGAGGACUGUGCCCCUGUGGUGGUGGAGCUGCCUGAGGGUGUGCAGGUGGACUGACCCAAAGGGCCCUUUAGGAGCAAACAGCUUCUAAAAUGAGCUUUCCUUCUCUUCUGCAGCCCUGCCAGCUUCUUGAGGGCUGUGUCUGAAGCUGAUCCUCUUUCUGCUGGAGAAGCAGAUGUGGGAAACCCAGGAGGAUGCUGAGCUCUGUGAGGAGCCCAGAGGUGUUGGAGGAGUUUGAGCGUUGCCAUGUGGCACCUUUGGACAGGUUGGGGUUUUCCCAGCCCUCCUGCAGUGUCACCUCCUGGGACACAAACCACAGGCAAAGUCACACAGUCAUUAAAGAUCCAAAAGACCCUUUGAUAUCAUGGAGUUCAGCCCUAAACCUGACACUGCCACAAUCCUGCACUCAGCUGUCCUCUCAUCCCUGCUCCCCUCCCCUGCUGGCCUGGAGCUGAUCCCUGCUUGGGGAGCACCUCUGCUUUGGGGGUGUGCCUUGGUUUGAACAGCCAGGUGUCUGCUGAGGAAGGCAGGAGUCUCCCUUGAAAUGGAAAAUAUAAACUCCCUCCCUCUGAAUUGUCACAAUUUUGAAAUUAAGGGGCUCUCAGGCAAAGAUAUGGGAGCAGGAAUAACAGUUCUUCAUUAGGAAAAUUAAAAAUACAAAUGUAAUAAUACAAAAAGCAGCACUGCCAGAGUGAUCACAGUCCCUGCCCCCUGUGUGCCAGGGGGUGUCCCAGCCCCAUCCCAGGGGGGCUCAGCCCUCCUGCAGUGCCAGCUGUGGCUCUGCUGCAGCAGGGAUCCUGCACAAGGGGGGAGUUUUCCUCUGCAGCUCCAGGGCUGCUGCAGAUGGGCCUGGGCUCCCUCUGGCCAUGCAGGGCAGCAGAAAGCUGCUCCUCUGGCAAUGCAGGGGGCAAAGGCUGCUGUGCUGUGCCAGGCUCAGAUUGGAUCCAGGUAGGAAUGCUUGGCUCCUCCCCUGGGCGGAGCAUCUCCCCAUGGGAUGCUGGGAUUGGAUCAGCCCUGCAGGGACACUCAGUGGCCAUGGACAGCAGAGAUCUCCUGGAGGGAGGGUUGGCUGUGGGAGAGAGAAAGAAAACUGCCCCAGGAACAGCAGAGAGCUGCCCCAGCUCUGACAGAUGGCAAAUAGAGCACACACAUAUCUUACAAUCACAGACAUCAUCCAACCUCCAAACUUCUCUUCAUUCCUUCUCCCUGCUCCACAGGCUCUCUGGUGCUGGACAAAUCAGAGUUUUCAGUCUCAGGGACAGUUUCCUGGUGUGGGGCCUCUGCCUUGUCCUGCACCAUGGAUUGCUGCUGCUUGUCCCAUCCACCUGCAAAUCCAGGCAUGAGGAAUGUGCUGCCCUCCUGUCCCAGUGUGGCACAGCACCCUUUUUAUUGGUGUGACAGGUGAGCAAUGCCAUGGCUGACUCACAAUUAAAGGGCAAAUAUCCUGUAUAGGUGUUAAGAAAAGUCUUGUAGAUUUAUAGUUGUGUUUUACCCUCCUUGAGUUGUUAUCAGGGGUAACCUGGGUUUGGGACAUUUGGGAGGGUCAGUUUGUCACUGUGGCAGCACCUGAGCUCCAGUCAGGAUUUAAGGCAGUGAUCUCCAGCACUAGAGAGCAAAGAAGGAGUUGAUGGACAGGACUUUGAGAGGAGCUAAAGGCUUAAAAGGUGAAACCUCCAUUGUGUGGGUGAGCACAUGCUUGGAAAGAUUCUCUGCUCCUGGCACUGUAAUAUUGUCUCCAUUGAGUCUUCUGUUGUAUUUUUGAUAAGGUUUUAAUAAACCUUUUAAAUGUU